AUGGGAAAUGUUAUUGAAGGAUUCAGUGAUUGCAUUCCAAAAAAAAAGAAAAAAACUCAAGGAUAUAAACUCGGUACGAGAAAUGAAAACAACAAUAAUAAUCCAGUUGAAAACAAUGUAAGAAGUGAAAAAUUAGAAAAAACAGGAAAAAAAACAAGUGGUGAACACAACAACGGUAAAACUGUAGGAAACGUUGGUGUUAAGACUGGAGGAAUACCCUCAAGAGAAGAUAUGGCUGCUGCUGCUCAAAAAAGACAAGACGAUGCUAAAUUAAAAGGAGUAAUAAAAGGUGGGGGUAAGUUAAGUAAGAAACUUGAAGAACAACAAAAAAAUGCCAAUCAACCCGAUUCAAUUCCUUCGAAUUCAAAUUUACAAUGGAGGAUCGAUUAA